AUGUACAGCAGAGCUUACAUCUUGUUGCAAAGAGAAUUCCAAGAGUUGAAGGAGAACAAUUAUGAGGGUAUUACUGCCUUUCCUGUAAGUGAAGAUAUGAUGCAAUGGGAAGUUGAUAUUGAAGGUCUACAGAAUACAAUUUGGCAUGGAUCAUUCUUCCAACUGAGAAUAAAUUUUACAUCAGAGUAUAAUUUUGUCCCUCCAGUUGUGAGAUUUAGAACAAUUCCUUUUCAUCCAAAUGUAGAUCCACAUACUGGCCAGCCCUGUGUAGAUUUUUUGGACCACCCUCGUAAGUGGAAUAGAAGCUAUACAUUGAGCAGCAUCUUACUUACCCUCCAGGUUAUGCUUUCUAAUCCAGUGCUAGAAAAUCCCGUGAAUUUGGAAGCAGCCCAUAUACUGAUUAAAGAUGAAACUCUGUACAGACUAAUAAUUCUAAGACUUUUCCACCAGCCAUUACAAUCAAAAGAUGACAGUACUGAGUCACCUAAAGAGCCUGAUAAACUUAACAAAUCAAUUAAAUCAGUCUCAUUUCAUGAUUACUACAAGACAUGGUCUGGAAUAGCCACAUCAAAAGCCACUGAAUAUUACAGAACUCCAUUGCUUGAAGAUCCAGGUUUUGUUGGAGAGUAUUAUAAAUGGAAGAAAGAUGAGCUAAAACGACCUAAAGAAUGGGGUUUAAAGUAA